AUGCAGGUAUCAUUUGGAAAAGAUGAAUUGAAUGCAUAUGUAACUCGGAAGGAAUUUUCUGAUUUAUUGGAAAAAUUCCAAAAACUCAAACAACGGGUGAGGGACUUAGAAAAAACGAAGAAAGUGAAGAAAGUGGUCCCACCUGCAGCAGUAAAAGACCUUUCGGUGUCCUCUCCACAGACUCCUCAAAUGUCUGGAGAACAGUCUCAGCAACAAACCGAGCAACAGUACCAGGGAGAAGAGGUUGCUGUACAUGUGCUAGGGCUGUAUAAUGGAAAGACAUAUGAGGAACUGGAGGACUCUAUUGAGAGAGUUCAAAACAGAACCCUAUUCCAGCAGUUUGUAGCAAAGAAAAAGCAAAUGGAUAGCCAGAACCGGAGAGGCACACAGAAUGAGCGCAUGUUGUGGCAUGGUACAGCUCCUACUACUGUGGAUAGUAUCAACGCUCAUGGUUUCAACCGUAGUUAUUGUGGAAAAAAUGCUGUUGCCUAUGGAAAUGGAGUUUACUUUGCUGUGAAUUCUCAAUAUUCUGCUCAGCCACAAUACUCAGUCCAAGAUGCCAAUGGAUAUAAUCGAAUGUACCAGUGCCGAGUUUUGACUGGAGAAUUUACCAUAGGUCAAGGAAGAAUGAGGGUGCCCCCACAAAAGGGAAGUCAAGGUCAUAUCCUGUAUGACUCUGUUGUAGACAAUACAACUACGCCAUCCAUUUUUGUCAUAUUUCAUGACACACAGGCAUAUCCUGAAUACAUAGUCACCUUUUCCUAAGUACAGUUUUGUCAAGAGGAUGAAACUAUAGCAGUGAUCUAUUUAAGCUUGCCUCAGACCUGCUUCCAAAUUAUUUGUUCAUUCAUAGUUACCAGACACAGACCAUAGUCCAUCUCAAUAACAAACACUGUAUAACAUGUGCAUUGAUUUAAACUAAUAAUUGAUACAACUGAGGUAAUACCAAAAACUUGCAACAGAAAAGCAGUUACCUGGCUUCAAACAAUUGCCUCAAAUGUGGAAAUAAACCAGGAAGAUUUUAUCUAUCAACAUUGAGCUUCAGGAGAAUAACAAGAGUAAGAUAUCUGUGAUAGUAAGACAAUACAUAGAAUUAGAACUAGUGUUCCUUAACAGUUCAAGACCUCUUUAAGAACAGUUUAAGUACAGUUCUUGAAAUAUAUUCAAGAACAGUUCAAGAAUACUUCUUGAACUGUUCUUGAAUUUUCACAGGGGUUAUUUUUAGGGUGUCCUUCUAUUCUGAGAAUUGGUAAUUCUAUGUAUUAUGUCUUACUAUCACAAAGUAAACUAUGAAUGUGUUUCGAUCAAUUGGCUGUCACGGUGAACUUUGACCAAGACUA